AAUCAGCUGACCAACUCUCGGGGUUUUUUUUUUUGUUCUCUCUUUCUCUUUCUCCGCCAAGAGAGAUAGAGACACUCAGCAUCAGCAGCUGAAGAAGAUUCUGAGUCCCGUUUCGAAUUCGAUUCAACCAUCUCUGAUCUCCAUUCUCAGGGUUUCUCCUUUUGAACUCUCUCUCUCCUCUCACAUGGCGAUGAGAGGUGUCGAUUUCAAGUUGUACGAUGGGUUCUUCUUGUCUAUGCUUGCCAUUAGUGUAAUUAUUGUUGGUAUCAACUGGAAGAGGUAUAGUAGGUGCGAGUACCCUUUGCAUAUAUGGAUUGUGGUCGACUACACCACCGUCUUUAUCUUCCGCGUCCUUAUGUUUCUUGACAAUGCUCUUGCUGCUCGUCUCGGCUUGGAUUUUGGAAGUCAACAGCGGAACAUUGGGUUUUGUGGGAGAGUCGUGGUGCUCUCUCUCCUAUCUCUCCUUCUCUAUCCAUUUCUCUGGGCUUGGACUGUUAUCGGUACUAUUUGGUUUAUUAGGGCUAAAAGCUGUUUACCUGAAGAUGGCCAAAAAUGGGGUUUCCUCAUUUGGCUCGUGUUCAGCUACUGUGGACUCCUCUGCAUUGAUUGCAUCUGUGUCGGAAAGUGGUUGGCCCGAAGACAGGUACACUCACUACGUGCUCAGCAGGGAAUUCCGAGUUCAGAAUUUGGUAUUUUGGUUGACAUGAUUAGGGUACCCGACUGGGCAUUUGAAGCCGCAGGACAAGAGAUGAGAAGCAUGAAUCAAGAUGCUGCUACUUACCAUCCUGGACUUUACUUGACUCCUGCUCAGACGGAAGCUGUUGAGGCACUCAUUCAAGAACUUCCAAAGUUCAGGCUAAAAGCUGUCCCAGAUGAUUGCGGCGAAUGCUUAAUCUGCUUAGAGGAGUUCCAGAUUGGACAUGAGGUUAGAGGAUUACCUUGCGCCCAUAAUUUCCAUGUGGAGUGCAUAGACCAGUGGCUGCGUUUGAAUGUCAAAUGUCCUCGGUGCCGGAGCUCGGUCUUUCCAGACCUUGAUCUCAGAGCAUUAUCCAACCUCCAGAGUUCAGAAACACAACAGCCCCCACAGGGGAACACGGAGACGACAGAAGCUCGGUACAUAAGAAGCCAACCACAAAGCGAGAGCUAUUUCUUGAGACUUCAACCCGUAAUCCACCCUCCUGUCCACACAGACACCGCUCUGGAGACUGCAGAGAAUGUUGGAGUUGUUCCUCCUGUUUUGGCCGGUGGAUCUCAAUCUAGGAGAUGAGAAAAAGAAUCUGAAAAUUCUACUCAUUACUAACUCUUGGACUUAUUGAAGGGAAGAGAAAAAAAAAGAGACAUUUGGAGUCUACCCCCCCCCCCAUCCCCUUCAAAAGUUUUCGCCUUUGAGGCUUUGACAGUCUUGCAAUGUAAAUAAAUUGUGGUUGAAAGAACAAAAAGUCUUGGGGGCUUUACAUUUUGUAAGAAUGAAGAAUUGUUUAUUCGUACACUAUUUACGGUAGAGAAUGUUCAUAUA